AGUACGCGCGGUUUACAUGUGUUCUUAGCGUGAAAAACAAGAGCUCGAACGGUGGAGCUGCGAAUAUCGGACCCGGGCCUGCUGGAUGUUGUAGCAUAGAUCUUCCGCGAGCUCCAAGAAAACUUCGUUCGCGGGCUAUCGUCAGAGCCCCGAGCGAAAAGCAAGCUUCGUGGCCAUGAAAGCGAAACGACGAGAGAACCCCUUCCCUGGUCGGCAGUGGUUGCGUUACCGCCGGAAAAUGUUGAAGAAAGUCUUCGAGGAGAUCAGGCGUAGAGAAUCAACAGUUGUAGGGACCGCUCGCGAAGACGUUCUGCCUCUGGAUUCGAAUGACUCGCUGUCAAUGAACCAUUUCGAUUCCAUACUGCAACCGCGGUGUGAAGAUGCUGAACCGUUGGUCGUGAUCCCUCACAGGGGAGAUCCUGAAGGUAGGAGAGACAUGGAGGAUCACGGAGACAGAGAGUCCGGCCCUGAAGGAUUAGGUUCCACCUCAUCAGAGUUCCCGGCUGAGGAAGAGGAAGUGGAGCCGAUUUCUGAUAUCUUGACGGCUCAGCUGGACCGUAUCGACCUCGAUCCGAACCCUUCAGAGGUUGCGCGGAUAAACCCCAUCAGUGAUCAGCCGCAGAGACACAACAAGGGUUCGGAUUCUCUCCCGAUCCUCCCGGAAUCCCCUGAACUCUACUUCGACGACAGCACCGGCCUCAUCGAAGUGGUAGGCGUCCCGAAGCCAAGAGCCGCGCCUGACGAUCUCAUGAUCGACGUAAGAGAACAGCUGGAAACCAUUCUGGCCGAAUGGGAGUCUCUCGACAAGCCCAGAGGAGCAUUCGGAGAACUAAUUUGAUUCGAU